AUGGAUCAGGAAAGUGUCAACAAUGGUGAUAAUGAUGAGGCUCUUGACAAUUCUGAUGACGAAAAUGCUUCUGUUUGCAGUGAGCAUUGGGUCUUUAGUGAUGAUGUCUGCUAUAAUAGACCCUCUGUUAAUUGUUGUAAAGAAUCUGCAGGUGCACCACAUAGAUUGUCUUCCUUUGCUUCUAUUUCUGACUCUUCUGAUUCUACUAGUGAUACACAUAAAGAAUUUUCUGCAGGAAUACACCUUGCCAAGCGUUUUGCUGACAGAGUGCACGUUGGAUCAAGACGUCUUCAAGACAAUCAGGUUAUUUAUGACAAGACUAAUGUUCGAGACAGACUUGUUUUGACACUAGCCGAUGUGUAUCGUGAAUAUGUUUUUGCUAGAUCCCAGCUUCGUCUUAGAAUGAACUCUUCUGCAGUUCAUCAGCAGAUGCAGGUUUCACCUGUACAUUUGAUUAAUUCACUUUGUGAUUCGGCCCUUUAUGAAGAUGUUUUGGCUAUCGUGGACGCUUUCCAUAUGAACCCUGAAAUCUUCGUCACAGACCGGAUAGCUGCUCGUUGUUCCACAAUUGCUCAAGCUCUGGUUUCUACCCACCAAAAUCUCACUGAUUCUACCAUCUGUAUUGGUAGUCUCCCUGGCCUACAAAAUGGCUCACUUCCUCCUCUGAUUAUUGAACGACUAGCUGUGAUCCAAACGAUCGCCUCCUUGAGUUUGUCCACUUCUCCAUUUUCAAGGACUAAGGAUUACAGCACUAACUCUACUUUCGAAUUAUCUUCUUGUCAAUUAGAAACAUAUGGCAAAAAUUUCACUCUUCUUGAGUAUGUGAUCGCUGUUUUGUCUUAUCCUUAA